GUUUCUUAGGUGGCCUUAACAUAACAUCUUCUUCUAUUCUUAAAAAAAAACAUCGCAAGAAACCUCUCCCAACACUAAAAAUAACAUUCUUCUUUAAAUUUCACUGCUUUCUAAUUUACUCCUACAAAGGAGCUCACUUUUCCUCUCCUGUUACCACAAGCAUCAUCCCACCUUCCGAGGGGCACUGAGGGCUGAAAGCUCCAGAUUCACACAGACACUACAGGAGCUCUGCAAGAGCCUGGACCACCAUCUCUGCCGCGGGGACACGCUGCUCCAGCCGGUGGGCUCAGAGCCCCUCCUUGUCCCGAGGCUCACAGCCCACAUCCGCGGAGAGAGCAGCUCCGAGGACUCGGGGAGACGCGGCACUGACCCGCCCCAGCUCGGUGGCUGUCCCGUGUGGGCAGGUCCCGGGACGGGGCGGGCGCGACCCAGCCGUCAUUACAGGGCUCGGCGGGCGAUAGUGCCGAGCAGCAUUCCCAGCUGGAGCUAUGGCGACCUGCGUGCAGCUCAACACCGGGGCCAAGAUGCCCCUCAUGGGGCUGGGCACAUGGAAGUCUGCAGCUGGGCAAGUAAAAGCUGCAGUGAUGGCUGCCAUCGAUGCCGGGUACCGCCACUUUGACUGUGCCUAUGUGUACCAAAAUGAGAGUGAAAUUGGGGAAGGGAUCCAGCAGAAAAUCAAGGAAGGUGUUGUGAAAAGAGAAGAUCUCUUUGUCGUCAGUAAGCUGUGGUCCACAUUUCAUGAGAAGCCUCUGGUGAAGGGAGCCUGCCAGAAGACUCUUGCUGACCUGAAACUGAACUACCUGGAUCUCUACCUCAUGCACUGGCCUACUGGGUUGAAGGCAGGAGAGGAGCUGUUCCCCAAAGAUGACAAAGGCAUGUCUAUACCCAGCAAUGCAGAUUUUCUAGAUACAUGGGAGGCCAUGGAAGAGCUGGUGGACUGUGGUCUGGUAAAAGCCAUUGGAGUCUCCAACUUUAACCAUGAGCAGAUUGAAAGAAUCCUGAACAAGCCAGGACUGAGGCACAAGCCUGCAAAUGUCCAGAUUGAAUGUAAUCCAUACCUUACCCAGGAGAAGCUGGUACACUACUGUCAAUCCAAAGGGAUUGCUGUGACAGCAUACAGUCCCCUUGGCUCUCCUGACAGACCAUGGGCUAAGCCAGAGGAUCCUUCCCUCCUGGAUGACCCCAAGAUCAAAGAAAUUGCAGCCAAGCACAAGAAAUCCACAGCACAGGUUCUCCUUCGCUUCCAGAUCCAGAGAAAUGUGAUUGUGAUUCCCAAGUCUGUCACACCACAGCGCAUCUUGGAGAACUUCCAGGUAUUUGACUUCAAAUUGACUAAAGAGGAGAUGGCAACUAUUUUCAGCUUUAACAGAAACUGGAGAGUCUAUACAAUGAGCAUGGCCAAAACUCACAAGGACUACCCAUUCAAUGCAGAAUACUGAAGAUGGUUAUAUCCUGCCCUCCUUCAGAGCUUGGUUUGAUAUUCUUCCUAUCAGUUUAUCUAGCUUUUUUAUUGCAUCUCUCCUCCUGCAGCAAUGAAGUCACAGCAUAUGUAUUCAGUGAUUAUAUUUUGUUUGUUCUCUUUGAAAGAAAGAUACAGUAAAAUUGUUUUAAAAUAAUUAAA